AAAAAACAUGGUGCAAAAACGAUUGACAGCUAGUAGGUUUGGCGAGAAUGCCGGAAGUUACGAGAGCGUCAAGCCACGCGUGGAGCGGCCCGCAACCUGCCCCGCCCUAAGAAGCCCGCCGAGCCCAGCCGGAGGGGUGCGGCAUCCCUGGAAUGGUGGCUUGUACAUUUGCUUGGAUGGCUGUGGCCUGGGACAUGCGGGGGCGACUGCUGAGCUCAAAUGGCGAGCCGUGUCCCCAGCCUGACUCAUGGUGUACGGGCGAGGGCGAGCACAUUGAGAAGCUGGACUGCGGCGACGGCGAUGGCAUCGAUGACUGGGUGUGCAUCAACAAUGCGACGGGGCAGCGAGCCGUGCUGCUCUCCUCCUCCGAUUGCACCCUCGACUACUGGCCACAAGCGGACAAGUCCCUGUGCCCCAACCGUUUCUCGGGCGAGCCGUGCCCUCAGCCCGACAACUGGUGCGACGGCUCCGGCGAGGUGCUGGCCAGGUCCGACUGCGGCGACGGCGAUGGCGUGGACGACUGGACCUGCAUCCAGCCCGACACCUCGCGCAGGGCGGUGCUGCUCUCCUCCUCCAAUUGCACCCUCGACUAUUGGAGCGAUGCGGCCAAGUCGCUGUGCCCUCCCCGCUUCAACGGCCUGAUGUGCCCCCUGCCCUGGGACGACUGGUGUGUGGGUGAGGGCCUGGUGAGGGAGAAGCUGGACUGUGGCGACGGCGACACCAUUCUGGAUUGGACCUGCAUCAAGACCAACACCUCCUGGCGGAGUGUGCUGCUCUCUUCAUCGGAUUGCACCGACAACCACUGGCCUGACGCAGAGAAAUCGUUGUGCCCUGCCGGCUUUGCUGGUCUGAUGUGUCCGCUGCCAGGAGAGGACUGGUGUACGGAACCCGGCGACGUCCGGGAGAGGGUUGACUGUGGAGAUGAUGAUGGGAUUGAUGACUGGAUCUGCACCCAUCCCGCCACGGGGCAGCGCGGUGUGCUGCUCUCCUCCUCAGAUUGCAGCGACACCCACUGGCCCGAUGCAAACAAGACGCUGUGCCCCUCGCGGUUUUCAGAUGCCGUGUGCGCCUUGCCUGACGGCUGGUGCGAGGAGAGCGAGGGCGAGGUGCUGCACCGCGGCGACUGCGGCGACGGCGACGGCGUGAGCGACUGGGCGUGCAUCCAAGCCAACACCUCCCGCCGGGCCGUGCUGCUCUCCUCAAGUUGUGACACCGUUUCGGACGGCUGGCCCACUGCGGAGCGAUCCACGUGCCCGUUACUCUUCAAUGGCAUCAUGUGUCCCCUGCCGUACGACUGGUGUGACGAGGAUGACGGGCGCGUGCUGGCAGCGGCGGACUGCGGCGACGGCGACACCAUAGACGACUGGGUGUGCGUGCAGCCCGCCACGGGGCAGCGCAAGGUGCUUCUGUCCACCUCCAACUGCUCUGACGACUACUGGCCCCAGGCGGACAAGGCGCUGUGCCCAACGAAGUUCAAUCACUCGAUGUGCCCGAUGCCGUACGACUGGUGGUGUGAAGGAGACGGCUACACUCUGGAGAAGACGGACUGCGGCGAUGGAGAUGGCGUGGAUGACUGGGUGUGCACGUACCCCGCGACGGGGCAGCGCAAGGUGCUGAUUUCUUCCUCGGAUUGCAGCACCGACUACUGGCCCCAGGCAGACAAGUCCUUAUGUCCGCUGCGACUCAAUCAGGCCGUGUGCCCGAUGCCGUACGACUGGUGGUGCAAGCAGCCGGGCGACGUCCUGGAGCAGACGGAUUGCGGCGACGGCGACGGCGUGGACGACUGGGUGUGCAUCAACCCGGACACCUGGAUGCGCAAGGUGCUACUGUCCUCCUCCAACUGCAGCGAUGACUACGGGCCGGCGGCGCCGCGCUCGCUGUGCCCGCCCCGCUUCGCAAAGGCCAUGUGCUACUGGUCCUGGGGCGACUCAUGCUCCGGGGACGGCUUCACGCGGCAGCGCGUGGACUGCGGCGACGGCGACGGCAUCGACGACUGGAUCUGCAUCCAGCACAACACCUCAUAUCGUGGCGUGCUGCUCUCCUCUUCCGAUUGCACCGAGAGCCAUUGGUCCAAUGCGGACAAGGCCCUGUGCCCACCCUACUUUGACGACCUGCCGUGCGCGCUGCCCUGGGACGGCUGGUGUGUGGGCGAGAACCUUCUGAGGGAGCAGGCGGACUGCGGCGACGGCGACACCGUUCUGGACUGGACCUGCAUCGAGACCAACACCUCGCGCCGAGGCGUGCUGCUGUCAUCCAACUGCACACAGGAUCACUGGGGAGACCCGGACAAGUCGCUGUGCCCCGCCCGCUUUGCAAACCUGAUGUGCCCACUGCGCUACUACUGGUGUGACCAGCCCGGCGACCAGCUGCAGAGUGUCAGCUGCGGCGACGGCGACACCAUAGAUGACUGGGUGUGCAUGAACAACGCAACCGGGCAGCGCAAGGUGCUGCUGUCCUCCUCCGACUGCAGCGAUGACCACUCGCCGCAAGCGGAAACCGCUCUGUGCCCUGCGAGAUUCACCGGCGCUGUUUGCCCCCAGCCGGACUACUGGUGCUAUGAAGAAGGCGAUCAUUUAGAGCGUGUGGACUGCGGCGACGGCGACGGCGUGGACGACUGGGUGUGCAUGACCAACGCAACCGGGCAGCGCAAGGUGCUUCUAUCUUCCUCGGAUUGCACCGAUGACCACGCGCCGCAAGCGGAUAAGGCGCUGUGCCCCAACCGCUUUGCAAGCGAGCCGUGCCCCCAGCCCGACUACUGGUGCUAUGACGAAGGCGAGCACAUAGAGAAGCUGGACUGCGGCGAUGGGGACGGCAUCGAUGACUGGGUGUGCAUCAACAAUGCGACGGGGCAGCGAGCUGUGCUGCUCUCCUCCUCCAACUGCACCCUCGACUACUGGCCACAAGCGGACAAGGCGCUGUGCCCCAACCGCUUCAACAGCGCCCCGUGCCCCCAGCCCUACUACUGGUGCACGAACAGCGCAUACACGCUGGAGAGGGUAGACUGCGGCGACGGCGACGGGGUCGAUGACUGGGUCUGCAUCAACAACGCCACAAACCAGCGCUCCGUGCUCCUGUCAUCCUCCAACUGCACCCUAGACUACGGGGAUAAUGCGGCCAUAUCCAUAUGCCCCACGCGCUUCGCAAACCUGAUGUGCCCCCUGCCCUGGGAUGGCUGGUGUGAGGGCGAGGGCCUGGUGAGGGAGGAGCUGGACUGCGGCGACGGCGACGGCGUGGACGACUGGGUGUGCACCCGCCCCAGCCUGGCACAGCGCGGUGUGCUGCUGUCCUCCUCCGACUGCACGGAAGACCACUGGCCGGACGCAGCGGAGGCGCUCUGCCCGGUAAAGUUCUCGAGCCCUGCAGGUGGCGGUGGCGGCAGGCGCCUGCUGGGUCGCCGGCGCGAGCUGCUGCCCAUGCAGCCACCGGGUGAGAUAGCUAGGUAGCUUGUGUUGUAUAGCGGGCUUCAGGGUUUCAGGCACGCCACGACCCCGCCAGCCCGGGCGCUACACAACAGCUUGGAUGCAGUGCAUGCGCGACUCGUCAGGAGCGGCUACAAGCUAGCAAGGGAUGUGCCGCUGGACGCCGCGGUGGUGGUGGGGCGGGCAGUCGCUAGGUUUGCAUGGCAGACGCCGUAUGUGCAGGAUACUGAGUGGUUGGAGUGCACGUUGCACACAACGGCGUAACUUGACGAAUUCAUCUCAACACGUACGAUGACUACGGCAAGUAGGACGGCGGGGCAGGGUGGAAAGGGCGGCUGACUGUUUUUAUACAUUUAUUACUUGGACUUCGAGCCAGCAAUUGCGGAAAGGGUACAAUGCAAGUUUACUUGGCAGACAGUGAUGGAGGUGUCAUGUGGCAUAUUCUCGGCGCAAGGGAUACCGUUUUGGUGCCUGCCCCUUGCCAUGUUCCAUCACGAGCAACUCCUACCCAUGCACAAGAGGGCGAGAGAGGGAUUGCGUUGAGGCACAUCAUACGUGCCGCGUUUUGCAUGGUGUUUUGCCCAGAUCGUCCCCGCCGUAGCGCAAAUUCACGCAUUUGCGUUGCGGCACCUUCCGCGAAAGCUCUCUUCGCAAGCAUCGUCGCAACAAUCAGAGCACGUGCCUGGGUUCAGCCGGCAUCUAACGCAUCUGAUAGGUUGGUGGCAGUCACAGAGAAACUCUCGUCAUCUACGACCACCGCAUGCACUAUUUUACAGUACCCGUGACAGUACCUGACACAGCCCAGCCGGCUGCUGCUCUACACGAGGCGGCAACAGUACUCCUCUGCAUCCCGGCCACAUCACAAUUAUCAACUCGAACACAAAAUGAUCAACAAAUGAAACAUCCCCAUCCAGGCCUGUGCACGGGUGGCCGCUCUUGCAGCGCUCCAAGCCAGCCAGUCCGUGUGAUAAGCCUCCACCUUGGGAUUGGCCCCAGUUUCGCUCGUUUGUUCCUGCUUACGUGUUCUGCACUGCAGUGGCAUUACCAUGCACCGGGCCGCCACCGCCUGUGCGCUGCCACUUCCGUGCACACGCGCCCGCCCAUGCCAGACCCUGUAUGUGCCACCUCUACCCGAACCUUCACCGUGGAACACAGUUAGCGCUCGCCCGGCCGCGCGCCCGCGUUCCUGCACAAGCGCGGGCCGGUGCACCCCCAAUGCGAGACACGAAAGCGUGUGCCUAUGCCCCAGCCGCGCCUCGACACACCCCGGGUUAUUUCCGCUUUUUGGCCUUGCACUCGGCGUCUUCUGUGACAGGGUCACGAUAAUUCUCGUAAUCCAAGUAUAACACGAUGUUCAGCAGACCUUGCGCGUGCUCCUUGCGCAGCUCCGCUGCCUGGAUGUCCAUUUUGGCUGCCUGAAUGUCGAUUUUGGCUUUUGCAGUGACCUGGGAAAACUGCAAACCUGAAAAAAUGCUUUGGGCCAGACAGCCGGCAGUGAAAGAGGACGCUGCGAUGGCCCCAACUGCAAGAACGCCUUGGUUGUUUUCGAUGAAGCCCGUGAUGCCGCCAGGUUUCACAGGCUGCGAGACGCUUCUAGGCUCUGGCUGAGACACACUCGUGGGCUUCGCGGGCUCAGGAAGGCUUGUCGACUUCGCGGAGACGCUUCGGGAAUUCGUGGGCUGACGCGACCACCAUCCAAGCCGUGGAACAGGCAACAUACAGCUACUUUGGACUGUAAUUUAUCGUGCAGUAC